AAUUCUUUGAUAUUUGUCACUUUGUUAUUAAAUAUUAUCGCGUUCUUGGAUGUUAUUUUAAUUCAUAAUUAGUUGAAAUCCUAGAUUAUAUCCAGGGAUUUUCUGUGUUUAUUAUUGGUCUUAUCAGGACUUCUAAAUUCAUAGUUUCAUCUUUAGUUUUUUUUUACAAUGUCUUCAGAAAGUUUCGGAGUAGUGAACGAGUUAGCUCCAGUAUUUCGUCCAUAUAUUCAAAAUGUAUAUCAAGAUUUGAAACUGGGUUUAUGUAAGACGAAAGUUGACUUUGAAAGAGUAUCCGGCAACUCAGAUGGUGGUGAAAGCCAAAUACGAAUUGUUUUACCUUAUUGUUCGAAGAAGCUAAAAUGGGAAAUAAUAUUUGAUGCAACAGCACCCUGGUUCGCGCCAGAUUUCAGAUUUGAUGACGAUAGCUUCCUUAUGAAUGUUGAUGAACAGUUUUUAGAAGAAAAAGUUCCAAGUCUGGCCAAAUGGAAUGAAAAUGAUCCCAAAGCACUCAGUGAUGUUAUAUCAGAACUGAUCAAUGUUUACAAACUUUACCAGAUAAAAAAGUUAAAUGAAGAUGAUAGUUCCCGAGCAUACUUUGAAUACAGUGCAUUGCUUGGUGAUGCUCUCACGUCUGAGAAUGAUAUUGAAGUAUGGGUUGGCAGCCACAUCGUGGAGUUCUUGAUCAGGCUGAAUGUUGAUACUUCAAGAUUACCGGAGUUGUAUAGUGAUGGAAUAGAGAAGAAUCCUGGAAUAGACACAGCAUUACUACUAGUGAGAUACCCAAACUCAACAAAUGCUGAGUUGAUACUGUCACCAGUACUAACUAAAUCACUAGGGAACAUAUCACUACCCUUGAUGCAUCAGUCAGGAGUCCUUAUGGAUUAUGUACCCAUGGUGACAGAACUUUUAAAUAAUAAGAUAAAUGACUUGCUGAACAAUGAAAAGUUAAAGAGGGACUUGCUUGCACAACUUAUUGUAAAGUAUGAAGGAGCUGUCCUAGAGCAUGACACCAAUAAUGCAGCAUUCUUGUUCGAGAUGAAUAGUUUUCACUGGAUCUUACAGAUAGAUAUUGGUGUUAAAUUUCCAGAAAAGCCUCCAGUAUUAACUCUAAGAUCGAUUUAUCAUUGCAAUAAAGGGAAGCCAAUAUACAAAGUUCUUUCAGGCUGUCCAUACAAUAACUUCGAAGGCUAUAUUGAACAGCAGGUUGAGAUUUUCAAAAAUGAAUGUAUGGGACUCCCAGCUAACAGUCAACAAAUUCUGACUUUGGAAAACUAAUGGCAAACUAAUGCUUUGCUGUUAAUUUAUGGGUAGGAAUCAUAAGUGGAUAAACAAACCAUAGAGAGCCAUAUAUAAUGUCGCCCAAGCCGUAUUUACGCGUCAAAUCAGCAAUUUGACAGCUUAAAAUGGUUUAGUUAUCGUCAUAGUUAAAUGAUGAAACCUAUCAUAACCAUUAAACUACAUUUUGUAAGAUUUAAACAUUCUUUAUGUAAGAGGAUUACAGUUUACAGUGUAAAUAAAAGAGUUCCAUUUA